AUGCCCAGCUCUGAGCCUCCUCCCCACCACCUGGGCAUGAGGCCCCCCUCGCAUUGCGCCUCACUUCAAGGUGCUGCCGACUUUGAGCUUCUGCUAAUCAUCCUCGCCGUUUUCCAGGACUUGAAGCAACAAAAGUUCACGCUCGAUGUUGAGCCCACCGACCCUAUCUCUGUUGUCAAGCAGAAGAUUGCUGGAGAGAAGGGAUGGGACCCCAAGGACCAGAAGCUUAUCUACUCUGGCAAGAUCCUAAAGGACGAUGACACUGUAGAGUCCUACAAGAUUGAGGAGAAGGGCUUCGUCGUCUGCAUGGUCAACAAGCCCAAGGCACCCAAGCCCGCCCCGGCCGCUGAGUCUUCCUCUGCGCCCGCCGUCCCCGCCACACCCGCUCAGCACGUCGCCGCCACGCCGGCUGCUCCUCCCGCUCCUGCUGCUCAGGCUGCAGCCCCGGUCGCGGCUCCCGCCACGCCUACCCCGGCCGCUAGAACUACCGGUGGUGAUGCCGGCAACAACGACCCGUCGAUGGCCAUGGGUGCUCAGCGUCAAGAGGUGAUUGCCAACAUGGAGGCCAUGGGCUUCGAGCGCGCUCAGAUCGACGCCGCCAUGCGUGCCGCCUAUUACAACCCCGACAGAGCCGUCGAGUACCUGCUCAGCGGCAUUCCCGACGACGUCCAGGAGGAGCAAGCACAGCGACAGGCCGCCGCUGCGGCGCCCGCUCAGCCCUCUGGUGGUGCGCCCGCUGGCGCCGACGGCAACGUAAACCUCUUCGACCUCGCCGCCCAGGCGCGUGGUGGUAGCGGUGGUGGUGGUAGUGGACGUGGCGCCUCCGCCGGCAACACUCAGGCCGCCGCCGCCGCCGCUGCCGCCGCCGCCGCUGCUCAGGGUGGCUUUGGCAACCUAGACUUCCUCAGAAAUAAUGCCCAGUUCCAGCAGCUCCGCCAGGUCGUUCAGCAACAGCCCCAGAUGCUGGAGCCUAUCCUCCAGCAGCUCGGUGCUGGCAACCCCCAGCUUGCUCAGCUGAUCGCCAACAACCCCGACCAGUUCCUGCAGCUUCUUGGCGAGGAGGUUGACGACGACGUGCCCCUGCCCCCUGGUGCACAGGCUAUCCAGGUCACUGAGGAGGAGCGUGAUGCCAUUGAGCGGUUAUGCCGCCUGGGCUUCGACCGCGACGCUGCCAUUCAGGCCUACUUUGCCUGCGACAAGAACGAGGAGCUCGCGGCGAACUUCCUCUUCGAUCAACCCGAUGACGACGAUGCCCCCCAGAACUAA